AUUAACUAGACGACGAUGCGAGCUAGACUGAGCAGCAGCUAGCGACAGUGUGAAUCGCAGCGAGCGGCUUCGACGCCGAGAACGGGCUAGUGGAUCUGGUAGGCCCGAAUGAGCUCAGCUGUCGAGCAGAAUAUUGCCACAGUAAAACAGCAGCAACAACAAUAACAUUAGUCUGAUCAAAUCUCAGCAGGCCAAGCCGGAAAAGGCACACUGAUAAAAAACGGACGGUUGCACCAUGCAAAGUAGAAAAUCGUCAGCAAUCAGCUUAAGGUCAGCCAGCCAAUAAAUUUAAUACUACUCCAAAUCCCAAUAAUAAUUUCCUGCUGUUGCUGCCGCCGCCGCUGCCGCCGUCGCCGUCGCCGCCGCCACCGCCACCACCACCGCCACCGCCGCCGCCGCCACCUUCAAUUCCGUAGCAGGCGGCCUGCGGCGGGACCUGUAGAUUUUGUCCCGUCGUCCAUUGCGACCGACCUACCGAACGGUGCUGGCUGGUUAAUGAAUUGCGGCGUGGCAUACACUGUGGCCACUGUUUGUUGCGAGCGUAAUUACUUCUACUAUAUUUGCUUGUAUUGGAGUGUUACGAGUGAAGAUAGUUAAUCGCUCGGGGAUCUACGAAUAUGAUUGUUAUUGGUAUCUGUUCGGUAUUUUGGUCGCACGCCUACAAGCCGCGAGCUUGUGUUACGAACAACAGCUUGGACGAACUGAGAAAAACGAUAUAGUAACGAAAUGUUGUUGUGAAGCGGUUUUCGCUACAAAUAAGAAUAGCACGAAGGAGUCGUAAAGCCAGCGUAAUGGUGCUUACCCUGAGGCUGUGUUGGUUUAAUUACAAGAUUUCCUGAGUAGGCAGCAGUGUCAGAUGUGCCGAGAAAGACUUGUUCGGCAAACAACUACCACCGUUUGCAAUUCAUCAUCGCCACCUAUAAUCGUAGUCGAUAAUCUUUAUUCUGUUUCAACCUUUGGUUCUUUGCCUAACACAAACACAACAGUCAUCACUCAUAAAAAGUUAGGCGACCACAAACAAAGCGUAAGGCGUUCGUCAUUCUUCGUGAGAAGUCUGGAAAUUCCAAGGGCGCCUGUUUCUGCUGUCGACGGCAAAAAAUUUUAACAACCCUUAUAAUUUUACCUGCCGAAACGACGACCCUUUUGUGAGAUUUGUCCGGUACGUAAAGAAAGUCGAGGCUAGCUGCAUUGGUUGCAUGCUGUUGACCGCUACACAGAAGUGAAUAUGGCCGAACCAUCGCAGAAAGAAGCUCAUGAAAACAACACUGUUGAAAAAAAAUCUGAGAAAGGAUCAGAGAGUGAAUCUGCCACAUCAUCUGAAGCUCGCCUAGCGGAAAUAGUCGCUGAACUAGCUAAAACUCACGCCGAGUAUGAGGACAAGUUGCAGCCGGCUUUCGUGGCGUAUUCAUCGCACUCUAAGGCGCUACAAAUAAGUGAAGAAUUCUGUGAGAAGCAGGUUAAGCACCUUCUCCAUAAUUUGGCACCUUUAAAGAAACAGCUUAAAUCUUUAAAAAAUCUGCCAGCAUCCGUCAUGCACAAGCAGCUAGAAGUAGAGACUUCGAUGCGGGAGCUCGAAGUGGCCAUUCGCAACGUUCGCCGAAAUCUUCCUGCUAGUUGUGGCUUUUACCUCUACCUGGUUCUCGGUAGCAUGAACGUCAAUAUGCAAUCGAAUAAGUUGAAACUUAAUUACAAGAUAGAAUACGAAACCUUCAAAUUAUUUGUAACGUGGGCUUUACUUUUUCUGUCGCUACUGUGUUUGUACAUGGGAGGUGGAUCAGUGUGGGAUUCAGUGCUGUUAUUUGCCCUCGUUUGGUUCUACUGCACAUUAACGAUUCGCGAAAGUAUUCUCAAAGUCAACGGAAGCAAUAUCAACGGCUGGUGGCGCCUAUAUCACUUCAUUGCGACAGGACUUUCGGGAAUUAUCGUGUUAUGGGCGGACAAACGGUCUUUCCAGGAGCAUUUUCGAUGGUGGUUCCUUGUCUACACGUGUACAAUGCUAUUAGCACAUCAAAUGCAGUAUCGAUACCAGGCUGGCACUCUCUAUCGCCUUCAGGCGUUAGGGGAUCGAGCCAAUCCAAUGGAAGUAUCGGUUGAAGGGAUUCGAGCUUCGUUGGCAACUCCGAUGCUACGGGACUUUGCUCUACUAAUGCCAUUCCUCUACGUUGUAUACUUCAUGCAGUUCUACAUGGUUUACCUGCUGGUAGACCUGAUUCAUACGCAUCCGGAUACUUAUUCAUGGCACGCAGCAGCGACCGCCGCGUUCUUUGGGGUGAUGUUCCUCGGUAACAUAUGUACUACAUCAUUCGCGAUCUAUUCGAAAUAUAGGUACCACUUUCCAGAUCCUCUCGAACUACUGAAGAAGUUUCAGUGACCAAUACAACCGAUAAAAAGGAUGCUUUUAUUGGACACCGAUACCCAUUUUUAAUUUGGAUCUGCUAACGGUGAUUCAUCGUGACAAACUUCGACGUUUGGCACGACACUCAGUGACCGUAAUUCGCUUUCACUGACCCGAGGGGAUCGCAUAUGCCUCGAGGCAAGCAUUUUGACCAACAAAGAUGAAGGUAAAAACGACAAAAUAAACCAAAAACCUUGACUAAAGAGGAAAUAAGGUUACAAACGCCGUGCACUCCGCUGGAUUUUCUGCUGCGCAGGCCAUGGCUAAACAGAUUUGUUUUUCAGGGCGGUACGAAAGGGGUCAGGACAGAUGUGGCGGUCAUUAAAAUAUAAAAACGAGGUGUCUAUUGGUAGCGGACGACAUCGGCCUUCAAUAAACGCCAUCUUGUGGUACCGAUCACAAUAGCAAUAUCGUACAAUAUGCGGAAAAGGCGCUUCGUUGAGCGGAAAAUUAUGACAGGGCAAGAAAUCCUAUUAAAUGUUCACUAAUAACAUCGACGAAAAAUCACGAAAAAAAACACAGAAAUCGAUUUAAUAACGUGAAAUGAAUGACGGCGAAGCUUUUGGUAUUUUCGGUUGUCGUGAUAGUAAUGGUAGAAAUUAUAUUAGAUGAACUACUAGUCGAACCGUUUAGACUGGAAUAGUGGCGCUGAAAAUGGCGACGACAACGACGACUAUGACGAAGAUGAUAAUUAGGGUGAUGAUGAUCAUCAUGAAGGCGAAGA